AUGGACCUCCGCUGGUCCGUCGAGGUCAAGGGCGGCGACGCCCUGAGUUCCGGGCGCGUGCUGAACGGCCGCCGCGGCGUCGUCACCCACGUGUCCCUCGUCCACCCGCCGCCGACGAGCGCAGUUGGCGCCCAGCGCGUCGUCUUCGUGGAAGCCUACGUCAAGACCGUCGACGGGACCCUCGCGCUCGCGUCACUGUCGACCGAUAGGCCGCGCGCGGAGCUGCCGCGCCCGGUGCUGGUGAUGGGCCUCGAUCUCUUUUGCUCUCGCGUGAGGCGGCAGGGCGGCGACCUCGCUGGUGAUGAGGCCGUCGCCGUUCGGUUUGAGGGCCGCUUCAACGACGGUUACGUUCUUCCUGCACCGUUGGAGGACGAAGAAGAUCGGAUGAUGUGGUCGUCGGAGGAUGACGACGAUGACAACACCGGGGCCGAGGACGACGAAUCGGUGGGUUCGGAUUCGGAAGACUACUACGACGAUGACAGCAGCAGCGAGGAUGAGGAGGAGAGCGACGAUGAGGUUGACGGACAAGCGGCCAUGGCGAGCAGCGCCGACAACGACGUGCUGCUACAGAUGGUGCACCCCAGGAAGCUCGUCCCCGAGGGACAGUUUCUUGGAGGUCCGGCGCCGCGGUUCGCCGCCGCCGGGAAGACGGCCGGCUUCAUGCGGGUGGCCAUCACGGAGAGGCAAGAAGAAGCAGACCACAAGCAGAUCCUGGUGCUGUACCGCUACACCCGCUUCUCGGCAUCACCGUACGGCGUGGAAGCGCGCAGGAGCACGAAGGAGCACCAGCUCCGGUUCAUGGCCACCGGCGACCACACGGCGAGGUCGCUGGCGUGGGCCGGGUCGUCUCUGGGACUGCUGAUAUACCCCCUUGGCUUCAGGAAGAAGCUCCGGGAGCUAUGGUCCAGCUUGGCGUCGCAGGUGAGCGUCCCGCCGGGAGCAAGAAGCGUCGAGGUGUUCGUCGACGUUGGCCUCCUCCGGCCGGCGGACUACACGCUAGCGAGCAUGCGGCACAUGUGCGACGCGCUGGAGGGCAUGGUGGCGAAGCCGUGGCCCGGACGCUUCACGGGCAUGGAGCUGCACUUGCCGGAGCCGGUACGGUGCAUCGGGGACGCCGACGCGUACGAGCGGCCGGCAAACCAGAGGAAGGUCGUCGCGGCCGGGCAGGAGUGCUGCAUGGACGACGUCGGUGAACAGCCAGCGAAGCGAAGGAGGGCUGUCGCCGCCGGGGAGGAUUGCCCCGUCUGCUGCCAGCUGCUGGAGGGCGACGACAUCGCCGCGUGGCCGGGGUGCGGCAAGCCCCACGUCUACCAUGGCGCGUGCCUCGAGCAAGUCCUCAGGAUGAGCGAGACGUGCCCGCUUUGCAGGCGCAACCUGUACAUCGAGAGGAGAUAA